CGCCCAAAACCUCUCCCUCUCUCUUUCCUAAUCCCUCUCCCCUCACCGACGGCCGGCCACCGGCGAUCACGAACGCCGACUACCUCUGACGACGAGCCACCCACCCCUCCGGCAAAUAGCUACCCACCGUUAAAAUCCCCAACCCACUGUCAAAAUCCAUCUUUCCUCUCCCCCACCGACGGCAUCCCACCACCGAGCGCCGGUGACGACGAGUUACCGACACGCACAGAUGGACUUGUCACAAUCGGCCUUGAUUUCACAAUUCGAAGAUGAUUCUUCGUUGCCAGAGCAACAAAUUGAUGAUGUUAUGCCCUUCGAAAUGGACCCCCAAAAUGCUGCUUUAGAGUCAAAAGAUAAUGCAAACAAUUGCAAGUCAGUGCUGAAGCUCAUAGAUGAAGUUGAAAAUGUUGAGGAACCUAAGAAAGGAAUGACAUUUAGCUCUAUAGAUGAACUUAAUUUAUACUAUAGGCGUUAUGCGAAGAAAGAGGGUUUUUGGGUGGUACAAAAGAAGAAAAGAAUUGAUGAAGAUGGGUAUGCACAUUACCUUAGUCUAGGAUGUGCUCGUCAAGGCAGCAGAAAAUCCAACUCAAAUAAUAGUUUUUGUAAGCCUAGUCAAACAAUCAGAACGGGGUGCAAGGCCAGUUUUAAUGCAAAGUUAAUUGAUACAAAGUGGUAUGUGACUAGUGUAUGUACUGACCAUAAUCAUGGUUUAAGCCCAGGCAAAGCAAGAUCUUUUCGAUGCUCUGGAAAUGAAACUGUAGCUGCUUUAGAAUCAGAAGAUAAUGCAGACAAUUGCAAGUCCGUGUUGAAGCUCAUAGAUGAAGUUGAAAAUGUUGAGGAACCUAAGAAAGGAAUGACAUUUAGCUCUAUAGAUGAACUUAAUUUAUACUAUAGGAGUUAUGCGAAGAAAGAGGGUUUUUGGGUGGUACAAAAGAAGAAAAGAAUUGAUGAAGAUGGGUAUGCACAUUACCUAAGUCUAGGAUGUGCUCGUCAAGGCAGCAGGAAAUCCAACUCAAAUAAUAGUUUUUGUAAGCCUAGUCAAACAAUCAGAACAGGGUGUAAGGCCAGUUUUAAUGCAAAGUUAAUUGAUACAAAGUGGUAUGUGACUAGUGUAUGUACUGACCAUAAUCAUGGUUUAAGCCCAGGCGAAGCGAGAUCUUUUCAUUGCUGUAAGAAUUUGGAUUCUAUUGCGAAGAGAAAGCCUGAGAUAAAUGAUAAAGCUGGAGGGUACGAGAAUCUUGCAUUGGGAGAAAAAGAUUGUCGUAAUUUUAUUGCCAAGUCAAGACAUCUACACCUUGGCAUAGGAGGUGUUGAAGCACUUCGUGACUAUUUUAGUAGAAUGCAAGAAUUAAAUGAUGGUUUCUACUUUGAGAUGGAUUCAGAUAAUGAAUGUAGGUUGAAAAAUGUGUUUUGGACUGAUGCACGAAGUAGAGCAUUGUAUGAAGAUUUUUGGGAUGUUGUUACAUUUGACACAACCUAUUUGACUAACAAGUACAAAAUGCCAUUUGUUUUUUUUGUGGGAGUGAAUCAUCAUGGACAAUCAAUACUUUUUGGGGCGGCAUUAAUAUCAAGUAAGGAUACAAAGACAUUUGUAUGGUUGUUUGAGACUUGGUUGAAAUGCAUGAACGGCCGAUCGCCAAAUGCAAUUAUAACAGAUCAAGAUAGGGCUAUGAAAAGUGCAAUCAAUAUGGUUUUCCCGAAUGCCCGACAUCGAUUUUGUUUAUGGAACAUAUUGAAAAAACUUCCUGAAAAAUUUGGAUCACAUUCACAAUACCAUGCCAUUAAGAGUGCCCUACGAAGUUGUGUGUAUGAUUCUCGAACAUGUGAUGAGUUUGAUGCAAGUUGGCAAAGUCUACUCAAGUGUUAUAAUCUCGAGAAUAAUGCAUGGUUGUGUGGCUUAUAUAGUGAGCGGACAUUUUGGGUACCAGCAUAUUUGAAAGAUGUAUUUUGGGCCAACAUGACUACUACACAACAGAGUGAAAGUAUGAAUACAUUUUUUGAUGGUUAUGUGCACUCGUUAACAACAUUGAAGGAAUUUGUGGAUCAAUAUGAUAACGCUUUGCGUAAGAUGAUUGAGAAUGAAAAUGUUGCUGAUUUCAAUUCUUUUAAUGACACGAUUCCAUGUGUAAGCAGGUUUUAUUUUGAAAAGCAAUUUCAACAACUUUACACCAGUACAAAGUUCAAAGAAGUUCAGGAGGAGAUUAGGGAAGUGCUAUAUUGUAGUGGCUCUCUUCUAAAAAGUGAAGGUGGAAUUAGUACUUAUCAAGUGACCGAACGAGUAGAAAUUAAUGAUGCGUACACGAAAAAAGUAUGUUUUAAUGUUUACUAUAAUGAACCUUCAUGUGAAGUGAGUUGCAGUUGUUGCUGGUUUCAAUCAAGAGGAAUUUUGUGCAGACAUGCCAUAUCUGUAUUGACCACACUUGAUGUUACAGUGCUACCAGAAAAAUAUUUUCUCAACCGGUGGAGGAAGGACUUGAAGCGAAAAUAUAAAUUUAUCAAAAGUAGUCAUGAUCCUUUGAGUGGCAACCCUAGCGCAGAACGUUAUUUUGACCUAUGCAAAGACAUGUUUGUGUUAGCAUCAAUUGGAGCAACAACCGUGGACAAUUACAUGAUAGUGAAAAAUCAUGUUUAUAUGUUAACUAAGAAAUUAAGUGGACCAAGCAGUGAACAAAUUCCACCUUCCCAAUCAAUCCCAAGUGCAUCUACUAUCGAUAAUGUGGAUUCUAGAAAAUUGGGUUGAAAUUGAAGAAAUGUUGUUCUACCAUCUUUGGCUUAUGUACUAUCUUUUUAUGAUAUUUUGCACCCUUCAGUUUCCAGGGAUUAUGUGGAAAAUUAAUUUUAUUUUCUCUUAUAUUGUUUUUUA